GCUGCAGCCGGGCGCAUCGGAGCAGUAUUGAAACAAAAACGCAAGAAAAGAGACUAUUUCGUUCGCAAGUGAGUGAAUACGCAAAUUACAUUGUAUUACCUCAUGAACAAGCUUAACGACCCGGAAGCAAUGUCGGAUGAGUACGUCGUUGACGAAUACGAGCAUUUCAACUACGAUUACGACAAGCAUAUUUUCACCGGGCAUAGCGGUAAACAACGGAGUAAACGGGAAGCCCUUACUCACACAAAUCACUUUGACCCGUGCGGCCAUUCUAGAAAGAUCAUGACUAAACUGAUGAAUUCCGAGCACAAACGACACCAUCAGCACCAGCAUCGUGAUGAAGGAAAAACCAAAGCAUAAACUGACCUUGGGCUUUCCUGUCCAUACUUCUAGAAAGAACAUUUGUCAACUCUGACAAACCAUAAUCUCUCUUGAAGAUACUGGAAUAUACACAUAACAGUUUUUUUUUUAUCUCUUAUCUUCGGCAAUGCA